AUUGUCGAUCAUCAUCAUACUCGUCAACAUUCAGGUGAAGCAAAUUGAUAGGCUCAACUAUGUUUCAUCAUCUUCUUUCAUUAUCUCUGCUCUGCAGCUUGUCACUGCAACCUGCCUUCGCCAUUAAAAAGUCGUACGUUGUAUACUUGGGAUCACAUUCUCAUGGUCCAAAACCUUCCUCUGCUGAUAUGGACUUUGCCACAAGUUCUCAUUAUGACUUGCUUGCCUCUGUCUUAGGAAGUCAUGAGAGGGCAAAAGAAGCCAUGUUUUACUCUUACAACAAACACAUCAAUGGAUUUGCCGCAUUACUUGAAGAUGAAGAAGCAGCAGAGAUCAAAAAAAAUUCAAAAGUGGUGUCGGUGUUCCUAAGCCAAUCACAUAAGCUGCACACAACAAGGUCAUGGGGCUUCCUGGGACAAGAAAGAAAUGGAAGAGUUAGACCAGACUCAGCUUGGGUCAAAGGAAGAUUUGGUCAAAAUGUGAUUAUCGGCAGUCUUGAUACGGGUGUUUGGCCGGAAUCCAGAAGCUUCCAAGAUGAUGGGUACGGCCCCAUUCCAAACAAAUGGAGAGGAGGAUCAAAAUGCGAGCUCUACAUUUUGUCUGGCCGAUUUAACAGAACUCUUUGCAACAGGAAGCUCAUAGGAGCAAAAACCUUCUAUCAAGGAUACGAGAUAAAACAUGGAAGUCUUGGCCCACCAAGUAGUAUCAGUGCUCGUGACAUGGACGGACAUGGCACCCAUACAUUGUCCACAGCCGGAGGAAACUUCGUGCGAAACGUAAGUGUUCUUAACAAUGGGAAUGGCACUGCCAAGGGAGGAUCUCCGAGAGCUCGUCUUGCAGUCUACAAAGUUUGCUGGGGUGCCUCUGGAGGAUGCACCGAUGAAGAUUUGAUCGCUGCUUUUGACCAAGCUAUCAACGAUCGUGUUGAUGUGCUCUCUGUUUCAAUCGGUAGGAGCGCUGUCCCUGAUGUUAAUGACAUGUUGACAAAUGGAGUCUCCAUAGGAUCCUUCCAUGCAAUUUCCAGGGGAAUAAUAGUUGUUGCUUCGGCGGGUAAUGACGGACCUGAACUUCAGACUGUGGGUAAUGUGGCGCCUUGGAUCUUCACUGUUGCUUCUGGCUCCAUAGAUAGGGACUUCGCUAAUAAUAUUACUCUUGGGAAUGGCCAGCGCUUAAAGGGAACAAGUCUUGCCACAAACUCUACAUCUCGGAGGUUGACUUCUGUGGUCAUUGCUGGCAAUGUCAAGCUUCCUAACGCGACAUUUCAAGAUGCUCAGCUUUGUAAACCAGGAACACUUGAUCCUACAAAAGUAAGGGGCCGCAUAUUGAUAUGCCAAAGAGGGAGAACCCUAAGGCCGGUGGACAAGGGCGCAGAAGCAAAGCGUGUAGGCGCGUUGAAAAUGAUUUUGAGAAAUGAUAAGGAAUUGAAUACAGCUACAGCUGAUGUUCAAACUUUAGAUUCUUCAAAUAUUCCAAAUCCCCCAGUAGUUGUCCCUGGGGGUGCCAGUGAACAACACCACAACGAGUAUUUCGACAAAAGCAAGAACCCUCUUGCAUUCUUGGACAAUGCAAAAACAAUUAUACCAAAAAGGCCAGCCCCAAAAGUUUCUGCAUUCUCAUCCAGGGGGCCCAACAUAAUUCUGCCCUCAAUCCUCAAGCCUGAUGUAACUGCACCAGGUCAGGACAUAAUUGCUGCUUAUUCAUCUGGUGUAAGUCCCACGAACCUAGAUUCAGAUGGACGUCGUUUUGACUAUACUACUCUGACCGGGACUUCCAUGGCAUGCCCUCAUGUUACUGGCAUUGUUGGUCUUCUAAAAAAUCGUCAUCCUACUUGGAGUCCCGCAAUGAUCAAGUCAGCCAUCAUGACCACUGCAAGCAUACUGGACAACACCAAUCAACCGAUUCGGGACGAGCAAGAUGAUAAGCUAGCAAGUCCAUUUCUUUAUGGUACAGGAUUUGUCAAGCCCAACCAAGCAAUAGACCCCGGUCUUGUUUAUGAUCUCAAGGUUUCUGAUUACCUCAACUUGCUAUGUGCCUCUGCUUACGAGGAAAGAUUAGUGGAAGCCAUUAACUAUAACAGGCCAUACAAAUGUCCAAGGUCUUACAGACUAGAAGAUUUCAACUACCCUUCAAUCACUGUGCCUUUUCUGGGUGCGAAACCUAUAAAUGUUUCUCGUACAGUAACAAACGUUGGGCCUCCAGGCACGUAUACUGUAAAUUUCGAAGCCCCGCCAGGAGUUAAGGUGGUUGUUCUUCCGAAAACUUUGACGUUUCAGAGGACAAACCAGAAGAAGAGCUAUCUGGUGAUUUUGCAGGCAACAAGUUCAGCCAAAACUUCAGAUCAGCCUUCAUUUGGGGAGCUGACGUGGACAGAUGGCAAGCACAAAGUGAGAAGUCCUAUAAUAAUCCCGCAAUAUGAGAAAAUGGCUAUGUAGAUUAAUUUCAAUGUUGUGCCGAUCCAGUGUAUUGAAAAAAAAAAAAAUAGUGUGAGGCUGUGUUAUUAAUUAUUAGUGUGUGCUCUUUUGCUCAAAAAACAAAAAUAUUAGUGUGUGCUCGGAUGUGUGGAUGUAGUAAUGAUCUUUCGUCUUAUAUCAUAAUAAAGUGAUGGUCCUGCUCA